AUGUCUCGCUGCUUUCCAUUUCCACCUCCCGGAUAUGAAAAGAAGACUAGGCCUGAUGAAGAUGCAAACUUGUUACUAAAGGAGAAACCCAGAGAGAAGAAGCAUAAGAAGGACAAGAAGGACAAAGAAAAGAAAGAGAGAAGAGAAAAGGACAAAGAAAAAAGCAGUGAAAAACACAGAGAAAAGAAAGACAAAAAACACAGGCACAAAGACAAGAAGGAGAAAAGUAGCAAUAAAGAAGAGAAGAAAACCUCCGACGAGAAGACAAUUGUAGCCUUCUCAGACCAUCAAAACAACUCUAGACUUUUUGUUGAUUUGGGAAACAAAGUUAGGAAGGACGAUGGAGCAAAAGAAUUGCAGAUUUUGGAAAGAAUCACUAAUAGAGAUCUCACACCACCAGGGAAAGUGUUGGAGCACAAGAUUGGUGUCUUGGAUGAUGGGAAUAAAAAUUCAGGGACAAGAGAGAAAAAUAGGAUACCUAAUGGGCAAACUGUCAAAAUUAAUGGCAUUGGAUUUGCAAAUGGUUUUGUUCAUAAUUUUCCUCCCAAAAUUCAAAAAAAUAUUGAAGGAAGUUCUUACCAAGAAGAUAAGGUUACAGAGAAGCAAAAGGAGCGAAAGGAUUCGAAAAAACACAAGGGUGCUGAUGGUAGGGGAGACAAAGAAAAGGGCCGAGAUAGAGAAAAGAAAAGCAAAUCAAAGGAUAAAAAUAGGAAAAGGGAGAAGGAAAAGGCAAAGGAGUUUUCUAGCCUAAUGCCUAGUAAAUUAGGAGAACAUGACAAUAAUGCUAGAGAUUUUAAAAAUGAUGAAGGUUCUUAUCUGUUCAAGGAGACCAAUGUACAGAACGGGAUACUUGGAAAAAGAAAGGAGCCUGAAAUGGAUGGAUGUGUGAAUGGCCAUGAGAUUCAGAAUAACAAAUUGCCAAGACUUGUAUCUUCCUCUUGUCAAGUCGUUCAAACUGGAAACACAAUUGAAUCUUCUAGUAAGGGCAACCAGUUGAAUCUGGAGAAGGAGAGUACAUUGCAGAAACAUAAGCCAAAUGCCAAGUUCUUGUCCUCUGUUUCGCCUGUUGAAAAUGGCAGGAAGUUGGAAAUGACACAGAUUCCCAUUAAUAUAGCUUCUGAAAGGCAGGAGGCAGUCAGCAAACAUGGUAAGGCCAGUGACAGCCUUCAUCCUUGAAGCCCCAUCGGGAACUGGAAGAAAUUCGGAAUCAUGUCAAUUUGUUGGGAGCUUUACAGAAUUGGAGCAGGGGGUGGUUAGUAACAAUACUAAGGAUUUUACAAAGGUUUUAUCAAUGCAGCCAGUUGCUGAAAAUGGGAGGAAGUUAGGAUCCAGCCAGUUCAACAACCUAAAUGCAGCAGAAAGACAGGCAGGAGCCUGUAUCCCUAAACUGAGUGAGAAGGGAUCGCGGAGUAAUGGCUUUGUGGUGCCUAAAUUGGAUGAGAGAGCAUCAAAAAUUAAUGGAUCAGUGGAGCUCAAGAAACCUAAAGCAUGUUCUAUGGAAAUGUCUUCUGCUUGUCUAGAAGACAAGGAAAUUGUUGAAAAGUACCUGAAGCCUCCACAUCCUGAUGCCAAAUAUCUGAGUCAGGUACUCUCUCUCCCUAAAGUAGAAUGGUCUGAUGUUGAUGACAGAAGUGGUUGUUCAGUAGGGAGGAUCACCAGGCAAAGAAUCCUAAAUAUGUUUCCCCAGUGAUUGAGGAAUCAGAGCAGGUAUGGGCAGAGGCUUUGCGGAUAGAAUCUGCAGAUGUUAUUGCGCUUCCUUAUGUCAUUCCUUACUAGUUAGUAUAAAUUUGAGUUGGCUUCCCCUGAUGCAGCACCAGGUGGCAUACUUUUGUUUGGCACCUCUAUCUGCUAAAUGCUCCCUUGUGCUGCAACCGUUUCCAAAAUGAAUCCGGAGGCACAGGCCAGAGUGGAUUGGUUUGUUGUUUUCCUGAUAAUCUAUAGUGAGGAAUUUUUGGAGUUCGAGGGUCGAAGGGCUAGAGAGAGAGAAAAAAAAAAAAGGGUGAUGAACGAGCUCUUCGGCACACCUAUGAAUCAGCCCACGGCAGACAUCACUGUGGGCACGCUGCUGGUGAACUUGUGCGGGCAUCAUUUGACGCGAGGAUGAUGCUAUUCUCCCUUGGAAAAUUUCUUGCUGCUCUGCCUAUGGAUAAUUUUUGCUAAAGAGCACUGGACCUUGAUGUUUGACAAUGGGGAUCAGAGACGGAGGAGUUUCCGAGGAAGGGAAAAUGAUUUGGUCUUUUAGCUGAUCACUCGGGCAGGGAGAGCUUUUGCCAGUGAAUCCAAGAGUAGCUGUGGUCUUAAUAGCACAGCAAUGCAAUUUUGAUGAUGUAAUUAUAUUACAACCCACUAUACAAAAUGAAAUAUGAUAGAGGAAAUAGUAAAGCAGAAAAAUUUUCUGAUCAGCUUUAACCAUUCACAGUCUGUACAUUUUUGCUAAUGUCUAAUCUUUGACAACCCAACAUGCUUGCAGUAACAUUCGCGCG